UGACUGGGAAUCACACAGCGCAUGCGUUCGACAGUGGAAGAUUCCAGUUUGUUGUUUUCUGUGGUGAAUUGUGGGUAGGGGACGGGUGGAUCCGCCGCCAUUUCGUGAAGAUAGAGCUACGGGGAGGAGGUGCUGGAGUACAGACCGGUGACUUUUUUCACAGCCACCGCUUGCUGGUCUUAAAGUGUCAACCAUGGGAUCAGAUAAACGUGUGAGUCGCAGUGAGCGGAGUGGAAGAUAUGGUUCAGCGUUUGAUAGAGAUGAUCGUGAUGAUAGAGACAGUAGGAGCCGGCGCAGAGAUUCUGAAUACAAAAGAUACCGAGAUGAGCGUAACGACCAAUAUGAUGACUACAGAGAUUAUGAAAGUCCUGAGCGUGAAAGAAUGCGUGACCGAGAGAGGAGGAACAGUGAUCGAUCUGAAGAUGGCUAUCAUUCAGAUGGUGACUAUAUGGACCAUGACUACCGCCAGGACUAUUACAUGGAUGAAAAAGAGAGCAAGACAAUCAUGCUAAGGGGCUUACCCAUUAAUAUUAAUGAGAAUGAUAUUCGUGAGCUGGUGGAGUCUUUUGAAGGGCCGCAGCCUGCUGAUGUGCGGCUGAUGAAGAGAAAGACAGGUUUAAGCCGCGGUUUCGCCUUCGUGGAGUUUUAUCACUUGCAAGAUGCUACCCGCUGGAUGGAAGCCAAUCAGAAAAAGCUUGUAAUCCAGGGAAAGACUAUCGCCAUGCAUUACAGCAAUCCACGACCCAAAUUUGAGGACUGGCUGUGUAACAAGUGUGGCCUGUACAACUUUCGUCGAAGACUAAAAUGCUUCCGCUGUGGGGCAGCCAAGGCUGAAUCUGAUAUGGAAGCCCCAUCAGGAUCAUCUGAAACUCCUCAGUCUGCUGAUUACUAUAGUGACAGUGGCUAUGUAUCCUCAGCCAUAAUCCUUCGGAAUAUUGGACCCCACACUGUAGUGGAUUCCAUCUUAUCUGCACUUGCUCCCUAUGUCUCACUUGUGGUCAGCAACAUCCGCCUUAUUAAGGACAAGCAAACCCAGCAGAACCGAGGCUUUGCAUUUGUGCAGCUUCCUUCAGCUCUGGAGGCAUCACAGCUCCUACAAAUUCUACAGACUCUGCAUCCCCCUCUCAAAAUUGAUGGGAAAACUAUUGGUGUGGAUUUUGCAAAAAGCGCUAGAAAGGAUCUUGUGUUGCCAGAUGGGCACAGAGUUAGUGCAUUCUCUGUGGCAAGCACCGCUAUUGCUGCUGCACAGUGGUCUGCCACUCAGCCGGCUCAGCAAAGUGGUGAAGCUGGGGAUUAUGCAUACCUGCAGCAAGGACAGGAAGGCAAUUCUAAUUUUGGACAAUGCUCCCAAGAUUACCAACCAUUUUACCAAACACAGACUGCAGCGGUAGACCAAGACACGGCACCACAAUCGGAGGGUUCUCCAGUACCAGCAACUACAAGUGCAGUGGUGUGUCAAAGUCCUCAGAUGUACCAGCAACCCGGUUCUCCGACCCAGUCUGGUACAAGUACAGCUGCCAGCACAACUCCAGCAUCUACUACUAGCACAGAAGAAGCAACCACUCCUACUGCCAUUGUUCCUGGAGUAAAAUACUCUGUUCCAGAUACUUCCACGUAUCAAUAUGACGAGAGCUCAGGAUAUUACUAUGAUCCGCAAACUGGCCUUUACUAUGAUCCCAAUUCUCAGUAUUACUACAACUCACUGACUCAGCAGUAUCUAUAUUGGGAUGGUGAAAAACAGACUUACUUGCCGGCUGCUGAUGGAACAGGACAAAGUGGAGCACAACCCAAUGGUGCAAAUCCAGGCACUUCCAAGGAAGGCAAAGAGAAAAAAGAAAAACCAAAAAGCAAGACAGCUCAACAGAUUGCAAAGGAUAUGGAGAGAUGGGCCAAAAGUUUAAACAAACAGAAGGAAAAUUUCAAGAACAGCUUCCAGCCACUCAGUUCUCGUGAUGAAGAGAGAAAAGAGUCGGCAGCAGCAGAUGCUGGAUUCGCUUUGUUUGAGAAAAAGCAAGGAGCAUUGUUUGAGAGACAGUUUCUACCAGAUAUGAUGAUGAUGAUGGUGAACACUGAGGAAGAAAAGCCUCCAAAUAAAGCACUGGUUGCUGCUUAUAGUGGUGAUAGUGACAAUGAAGAGGAGCCUGAGAGACUUCUUGGGGCAGUGGAUGAGGAAAAGUUGGUGGACUGGAAGAAGCUGGCAUGUCUUCUAUGCCGCAGACAAUUUCCAAAUAAAGAUGCCCUGACAAGACAUCAGCAGCUGUCAGACCUGCAUAAGCAAAACCUGGAAGUCUAUUGUAGGUCAAAGAUGUCUGAACAAGAGUUUGAAGCUUUAGAACAAAGCGAGAGAGAGGCAAAAUACAGAGACCGGGCAGCAGAAAGAAGAGAGAAAUAUGGCAUUCCAGAGCCCCCAGAACCCAAACGCAAGCGAUUCGACCCUACUGUGGUGAAUUAUGAGCAACCUACGAAGGAUGGAAUUGAUAACAGCAAUAUAGGAAAUAAGAUGCUGCAAGCCAUGGGUUGGAAGGAGGGCUCUGGACUGGGCCGAAAGAGUCAAGGAAUUACAGCUCCUAUUCAGGCUCAAGUCAGAAUGAGAGGGGCCGGUCUGGGAGCCAAAGGCAGUUCAUAUGGAGUAAACACAUCAGACUCUUACAAGGAUGCAGUGAAAAAGGCAAUGUUUGCACGCUUCUCAGAAAUGGAAUGAGAGACUGUAAACGGUAGCCUGGGUUAACAUUUAAACAUUAGUGCUGUUUCUCUGGAUAAGCAAAACUGAAAAACACAUGGAGGACUGUUCUUGAAGUGUAAAUAUGUAAUAUAUAUUGUGUGUAUAUUAUAUAUAUAUUGUACAGUGUAUAUAUUUUUUUGUAAACACUUAAACCAUCAGAAACAAGUUUUUGCAUUGAGAUUUGAGUCCGUUUUUGUAUGUGACACACUAAAAGUUGCUUGUAAAACUCUCAAGUGUUCUCUUCUGACAAACCCAUGGAAUCAUUUUAUUGCAAGAUCACUGUGUUGUCAUAAGACCUAACACCAGCGCACAACUGUGCUCCCUCAAAGGACCCUGUCAUAGCACAGUAUCAAGCCAACUUUGUAUAUGGAAAAACUUUGUACAUAAAUUGUCUGUUUUUUUUUUUUUUU